AUGUCACCACCGGCUCCGCCACCUUCAAAUCAGCAGCCUCGUAGCCCACGAUUAAACAACAAAAAUAUCAGUCGAAUUUUAAGCACUUCCUUGCAAGCCAAUAGUAUCGAAGAUGCCACAGAGAACUUGACCGUCGAUAGUACAAAAAUUCCGGGAUUUUACUUUCCUUUUGGAAAGCAAACUAGCCAAGAUCAAGCUAUAACGGAUUUAUUUUCCACAUUUCCUCAACACACAUGGCACUCUAAAGAUUUCGGCAGUGUAGCUAAGGCUUGUGGUUUGCCCCACUACUUGAAAUCGUCUUUAUUUAAUGCUGCCUGUGACAGUGGUGCGAAUUCGAUCACGAUGCAUGACUUUCAAAAUUUUUGGAACAGAUUUACAAGCAAAUACCAUGAUGAUAUUUCUCGUGUAUUUUAUCUUCUGACUCAAGACGCGAAAGAUUACAUAGAAUUUGAUGAUUUCGUACCUUUAAUUCAGGAUGUAAUCGAUGAACAUCCUGGAUUAUCCUUCUUAAACGAAGCUGCCGAAUUCCAUUCUCACUAUAUAAAAACGGUUAUUGCACGUAUUUAUUAUAACGUUAAUAAAACAUGGUCGUAUCGAAUAACACUGCCAGAAUUACGAAAGAGCAAUUUUUUAAUAGUAUUGAGAUUACUUGAAGAUGAAACUGAUAUCAACCAAAUUACCGAUUAUUUCUCCUACGAACACUUUUACGUAAUUUAUUGUAAAUUUUGGGAACUUGAUGAUAAUCAUGACAUGCUAAUUACUAAGGAAGAUCUGUAUAGGCAUAACAAUCAAGCUCUUUCCAGAAAGAUUAUAGAUAAAAUAUUCUCUGGUGCCGUCACAACAAUGAAAUCAGAAACACUGACUUUUGAAGAAUUUGUUUGGUUUUUAAUAUCGGAAGAGGAUAAGAAACAUCCAAAGAGCAUUGAGUAUUGGUUCCGAUGUAUGGAUCUUGAUGGCGACGGAUAUUUAUCUACAUACGAAUUGGAAUAUUUUUACAACGAGCAGUACUGUAGAAUGGAAUCUCUUGGUGUGGAGGCCGUUAAAUUUGAAGAUUUGCUAUGUCAGAUGAUAGACUUAGUGAAGCCCAAAAUAGAAAAUACUAUCACUGUCCGAGAUAUCAAGGCCUGCGGCCUUGGUCACAUUUUCUUCAACGCCUUUGUAAAUUUCAGCAAAUUUAUGGAAUAUGAGCAACGUGAUCCGUUCGCAGAUAAAGACCUUGAAGAUGAAUUUUCGGAUAUGACCUUUUGGGAACGUUAUGCUAUGAAUGAAUAUGAAUUACUCGUAGCCGAAGAGGGAACAGUGGAGGACGAGUACACUCUGUGA